UAAUCCACUAACACCAAUAUGUCUAACCUCGACAACCCCGGAAUCUACUAUCAGGAACGAUUCUUUGCGAAUGACGGAGUUCCAGAUACUGGAAGAGAGUUGAUCGCUGAAUAUCGUCAGCUUAUCACUCAAUUCCGCAAUUUUAUCCGUGAUUUUUCCACUGGAGGCUUCGGAAUGAUUUACAGAGAUCAGCUGAAGCGCAACUACUUCAGCCAUGAAUAUCGCCUUGAAAUUAACCUGAAUCAUCUGAAAAAUUUCGACGAGGACAUUGAGAUGAAGCUGAGAAAAUUCCCAGGAAAAGUGCUCCCAGCUCUCGAGGAAGCCGCCAAAAUUGUCGCUGAUGAGAUUACCACGCCAAGACCAAAGGGAGAGGAGAAGCUUCAUGAUAUUCAAGUGACACUGACGCUUGACGAGUAUCCAACCUCACUUCGACAGGUUAAAUCUGCUCAGGUCUCCCAGGUUGUCAAGAUUUCCGGAAUUAUUGUGGCUGCUGCUCAGGUUCGCUCUAAAGCCACUAAAGUAACCCUCCAAUGUCGUCAGUGCAAGCACACAAUUCCAGAUGUUUCGAUCAAGCCAGGACUUGAAGGAUUUGCUCUUCCAAGAACUUGUGCAGCACCACAACAAGGACAAAUGCAGCGAUGCCCAAUAGAUCCAUAUAUUAUGCUGCCCGACAAGUGUGAAUGUGUCGAUUAUCAGACUUUGAAGCUUCAGGAGAAUCCAGAAGACGUUCCACAUGGAGAAAUGCCACGUCAUCUUCAGCUUUUCACGGAGAGAUAUUUGACUGAUAAAGUGGUUCCUGGAAAUCGAGUCACAAUUGUUGGAGUUUAUUCGAUUAAAAAGUUGAUUCAAAAAAAGGGUGGUGACAAAUCUCUUCAAGGAAUUCGUACACCAUAUCUCAGAGUUCUUGGAAUCCACAUGGAAACAUCUGGACCUGGAAGAACCAAUUUCACAACGUUUACACCUGAAGAAGAGAGAAUGUUCAAGACUUUGGCUCAGAGGAAAGAUGCUUAUGAACUUAUCGCUAAAUCGAUUGCUCCAUCAAUCUAUGGAUCCGCUGAUAUCAAGAAAUCGAUUGCUUGUUUGUUGUUCGGAGGUGCUCGUAAGAAGCUUCCAGAUGGAAUUACACGACGUGGAGACAUCAAUGUUCUCUUGCUCGGAGAUCCAGGAACAGCAAAAUCUCAGUUGUUGAAGUUCGUUGAGCAAGUGUCUCCAAUUGGAGUGUACACAUCUGGAAAAGGAUCAUCGGCUGCUGGUCUCACUGCAUCAGUUAUUCGUGAUCCACAAUCACGCUCGUUCAUCAUGGAAGGUGGUGCAAUGGUUCUGGCUGAUGGUGGAGUCGUUUGUAUUGAUGAAUUCGAUAAAAUGCGUGAAGAUGAUCGAGUUGCAAUUCACGAAGCAAUGGAACAACAGACCAUUUCUAUUGCAAAGGCUGGAAUUACAACUACUUUGAAUUCUCGUUGCUCGGUUCUGGCGGCCGCUAAUUCGGUUUACGGAAGAUGGGAUGAGUCGAGAGGAGAUGAUAAUAUCGAUUUUAUGCCAACUAUUCUGUCUCGUUUCGAUAUGAUCUACAUUGUGAAGGAUACUCAUGAUGUUCUCAAAGAUGCUACCCUCGCGAAGCACGUCAUCGAAGUUCAUGUGAAUGCAUCUGCUGCUAAAGAACGUGAUAUUGCAGGAGUCCCAAAAACAGCCACAACUGAUUCAGAUGGUGUGAUGACAAUGUUCGAUACGGAUGGUUUCUUGACUAUCGAGUUCCUCAAGAAAUUCGUCACAUAUGCUCGUUUGAACUGUGGACCACGUCUUACUCCGCAAGCUUCUGAGAAGCUCGUUAAUCACUACGUUAAGAUGAGAAAUCCAGUUGUCAAUGCUGAUGCUUUUAAAUCAGGAAAGAAGGCUCAUAAUUCGGCAAUUCCGAUUACCGUUCGUCAACUCGAAGCCAUUGUUCGUAUUGCUGAAAGUAUUGCAAAGAUGGAGCUUCAGCAGUUUGCCACUGACAAGCACGUCGAGGAAGCGCUCCGUCUGUUCCGUGUUUCAACAAUUGAAGCGGCGGCAACUGGAAAUUUGGCAGGAGUCGAAGGAUUUACUUCAACAGCUGAUCAAGAAGCAUUGAAUCGUAUCGAAGUGCAAAUGAAGAAGAGAUUCGCAAUCGGUACACACGUUUCUGAGCAUUUGAUUGUUCAAGACUUUGUUGCUCGUCAACAUUAUAGAGAGUCUCUUGUCAAGAAGGUUAUCGAUAAUUUGGUCCGUCGUGGAGACUUGCAACAAAAGAUGCAACGCAAGAUGCUCUACCGUGUUCGAUAAAUUCUCAAAAUUUUGUCUUUUUUAUCUGGAUCUCUUUCUCAUACUCAAUUCUUAACAUAUUUUCUCAUUCAAUUUGAUUUUAAACUGUUCUAAAUUAUUAAAUGAACGUUUGCUUUUUCG